UUUCGCCUAUGUUUAUUUACAAUUUACAUACUAUGUUUAUUACAAUAGAAAGUGCGUCUGACCAGCCCUUGAGUCAUACUACUUGAGAGAUACAAAGUACGUCCGGUUCCAUCGUUUAAUCAUAUCACGAUCUGUUUCUCGUUAAGUAUAAUGGCGGUUCAUAGCGAAGAUUUUGGAACCAAAUUACAGAAAUAACGGGUUAAGGAAUUACUAGACCCGUUAUUUCUGUAAUUUAAACAUGAUCUAUUGAGAAACGUCACGUAUUUUUGUUCCAACCCAAUAUUUUUGCGAAACCUCGCGAGAUGGCGCAACAAACAGUGAUCGUUACACUAAUUACGAAUUUCUUUUUUCCGAGACCGCCAGAUGGCGCUAUCGAUAUCGAUUCGUCACACCAAUGCAAGUUUCUUGUCUCAGAAAUACGGGAGAUGCCGUUACGUGCGCUUUGGCUAUCUACUGCAAGAGUAACGGAAGAGAUGUGAUCUACGGCUCUUCGACGGUAGUAAUUAACUUCAUCAAGCGAAAUAAUUGCGACAAACACGCGAAGUGCGAUACUUCUUCCUCCGCAUUUCUCUCGUCUUUCGAAGGAAGACCUUUUCGGAAAAAGGACCCAAGGACGCGCGUCGCCCAAGGCGUGCUCUCCGAUCUCGGCGGAAAUUCGAGCUCUCCUCCGCUACUCGGCUAUCCGACAACAAAACAACAACGAGUUGGAGCCGCGUACGCGCUGGAACGAGAUUUGACGGACAUUUUACGCCCUCAUCGCGGAUGCAGUUCCGGUGGAUGCGAAUGCGACGUCGGAGAAUCCGGUUCGGGCCGAACAGGCUCGACCCGAGGAUCUGGAUGCGGGAGAAUGUGCCAGGCGAUUUUGAGUUCGCGGUGUCUCGGGAAGCGGCGAAAUAACAAGCUCCGGACGAUCGCGCAUUAACGCGCGAAGAAAGCGAAAAUGGGUCGCGCGGUG